AUGGAGGCAGAGGAAGAAACCCUCAUGGAGACCCCGAGUUUGACCCAAGGCACUUCAAUCACGUCAACUAGUAACACCGGUACAGAUAAAGUUCUCAUCUCACGAGAGGGCAAGAGGAUGAGGAAAGCAUAUUUACCAACCAAGUCCGUGAAGAUCCUCCGCGACUGGAUGUUUGAACACCGGUUUAAAGCCUACCCUUCAGAAGCAGAGAAGCGAAUGCUAUCGGAGCGGACCAAUUUGUCUUUGCUGCAGAUCACUAACUGGUUCAUAAACUCACAGAGACGAGUUCUUCCGGAAAUGCUUCAACAGAUUGGAGACGACCCCAACCAGAUCACCAUGUACCGCCCAAAAGGCAAGGCUGAAGAUGUGAUACACCAGGAAGGCAUCCGUCCAUCUAUACAGGCCAAGUCAGGGCCCAGAGAUCCAGAAAAGAUGCAAUGCCUGCCCCUGUGCCCCCUGCCAACGGCCGAGGAGUCAGGGGAAAAUCUGCUGAAUCUAGAGUCAGCCCCAGGCCAGAACUUCACCCGGAAAGCCCAGCCAGAGGAAAAGGUUGAGAUUUCCACCAGCCGGCUUUUGUUUGUGUCUUCUCCCAAACCUGUGAUUACAGAGGAAUACAAGGACUUUAACAGCUUCCAGUUGCUGGUUGAUGUAGCUGUACAAAAGGCUGCCGAACUGGAACUACAGAAGAAUCAAGAGACCAAUCCGUGA